AUGUUGGCAUUGAAGAAGAAACGAGAGGCAGCAGCAGCUGCAGAAGCCGCCGCGGCAGCCGAAGAAGCAGCUCGGCCCAAGGAAGAGCCUUCUGCCAAUGGUGGCACCCAAAAGGUGUCGCUGUUUGGUAUUGGCGGUGAGAAAAAGACCAAGAAUGGAGAUGGCAAAGCGGGAAAGAAGCGAUCUCCAGGAGAGAUUCGUAUCCAAAAAGACAUUGCCGAACUGGACGGAGGCAAGGUGGCCAACAUCACAUUCCCCAAUCCCAACGACUUGACGAGCUUUCACGUCUCCAUCAGCCCUGACACUGGAUACUGGACAGGGGCCACCUAUCACUUUACCUUUACGAUUCCACCUCAUUACCCUCACACACCACCCAAGGUGGAAUGCACCACGAAAAUUUACCACCCCAACAUUGAUUUGCAGGGCAAAGUUUGUCUAAAUAUUCUUCGGGAAGAUUGGAACCCGUACUCGACAUCAAUGCUGUCAUUUAUGGUCUCAUUUACUCUUUUAUGA